AUGAGUCGUAGGGUAAGGAGGAAGUUGGAGGAGAAAGGGAAAGAGAAAGUUGUCUUGCCAAGUUAUCCUGAGACUAGCGACGAGGAAUUAGUAGAUGGUUUUGCUGAUUGGACUAGUUUGCCUUAUGACACUGUGCUUCAGCUCUUCACUUGUUUGAAUUACCGCGAUCGAGCUAGCUUGGCGUCGACUUGCAAGACAUGGAGAGGUCUUGGCUCUUCUUCUUGCUUGUGGAGUUCGUUGGACCUUCGUGCUCACAAGUUUGAUGCUUCAAUGGCGACUUCUCUUGCCUCUAGGUGUGUGAAUCUUCACCAGUUGAGGUUUCGUGGAGUUGAGUCAGCUGAUUCCAUUAUAAACCUCAGAGCAAAGAAUCUUCUUGAGCUAAGCGGGGACUAUUGCAGGAAGAUCACAGAUGCGACAUUGUCAAUGAUCGUGGCGCGUCACGAGGUGCUUGAGAGUCUCCAGCUUGGACCUGACUUUUGUGAGAAGAUCACUAGUGAUGCUAUUAAAGUUGUAGCCUUUUGCUGUCCAAAGCUUAAAAGGCUUCGCCUUUCAGGGAUAAGAGAUGUCACUGGUGAAGCCAUUGAAGCUCUGGCCAAGCAUUGUCCACAGUUGAGCGAUCUCGGGUUCUUAGACUGUCUAAACAUCGACGAGGAGGCAUUGGGGAAAGUUGUAUCUGUGCGUUAUCUCUCUGUUGCUGGGACGUCAAACAUAAAAUGGUUGAUCGCGUCGAACAAAUGGGAUAAGCUUCCGAAGCUUACCGGUUUGGAUGUCUCGAGGACUGAUAUUAGUCCCACGGCGGUUUCUAGGCUCUUGACGUCGUCACAGAGCUUGAAAGUUUUGUGUGCUUUAAACUGUUCUGUUUUGGAAGAGGAUACAAGUUUCAUCAGCUCUAAUAGGUUUACAGGGAAAGUCUUGCUUGCUCUGUUUACUAAUGUUUUCGAUGGAGUUGCUUCUAUAUUCGCCGAUACUACAAAGAAACCAAAGGAUAUAUUUUCAUACUGGAGAGAAGUGAGGAUCAAAGCCAAGGAUAGAGCCGUUGAUGACAUGAUGCGUUGGAUCGAAUGGAUUGUUUCUCAUGCACUUUUACGGACUGCAGAGGGAAAUCCACAUGGAUUGGAUGGUUUCUGGCUGAAUCAGGGAGCUGCAUUGUUGCUUACUUUGAUGCAAAGCUCACAGGAAGAUGUCCAAGAGAGAUCAGCUACUGGACUUGCGACUUUCGUAGUGAUCGAUGAUGAGAAUGCGAGUAUAGACUGUGGAAGAGCUGAAGCUGUAAUGAAAGAUGGAGGGAUCCGUCUUCUUCUUGAACUUGCGAAAUCAUGGCGAGAAGGGCUUCAGUCAGAAGCUGCAAAGGCUAUUGCAAAUUUGUCAGUAAAUGCUAAUGUUGCAAAGUCUGUUGCUGAGGAAGGAGGAAUCAAAAUUCUUGCUAAUUUGGCAAAGUCAAUGAACAGACUUGUGGCUGAGGAAGCUGCUGGUGGACUAUGGAAUCUCUCUGUGGGAGAAGAGCAUAAGAAUGCUAUUGCUCAGGCUGGAGGAGUGAAGGCACUAGUCGAUCUUAUAUUUAGAUGGCCGAAUGGCUGUGAUGGAGUCUUGGAACGAGCUGCGGGAGCAUUAGCAAACUUAGCAGCGGAUGAUAAAUGCAGCAUGGAGGUCGCAACAGCGGGAGGUGUACAUGCCCUUGUGAUGUUAGCUCGCGAUUGCACGUACGAGGGAGUGCAAGAACAGGCCGCUCGUGCUUUAGCUAAUUUGGCUGCUCAUGGAGAUAGCAACAAUAACAAUGCUGCUGUUGGACAAGAGGCAGGGGCAUUAAAAGCUCUUGUUCAACUUACGGAAGCGCCUCAUGAAGGCGUUAGACAGGAAGCUGCUGGUGCUCUAUGGAAUCUGUCAUUUGAUGACAAGAAUCGAGAAUCAAUCGCUGCAGCUGGUGGUGUUGAAGCUUUGGUGACACUCGCGCAGUCUUGCUCAAAUGCAUCCACAGGUCUUCAAGAAAGAGCAGCUGGUGCUCUUUGGGGAUUGUCAGUGUCAGAAGCAAACAGCAUUGCGAUUGGACGUGAAGGUGGGGUUCCACCUCUAAUUGCACUUGCUCGGUCUGAAGCAGAGGAUGUACAUGAAACUGCAGCAGGAGCUCUAUGGAAUCUAGCUUUUAAUCCGGGAAACGCACUCCGCAUUGUGGAGGAAGGAGGAGUUCCAGCUCUUGUUGACUUAUGUUCGUCUUCCGUCUCAAAAAUGGCUAGGUUCAUGGCUGCAUUAGCUUUGGCAUACAUGUUUGAUGGAAGGAUGCAUGAAUACGCUGUGAUGAUAGGAACUUCUACAACAGAGAGCACAUCGAAAAGCAUUAGCUUAGACGCGGCAAAGAAAAUGGCUCUUGAGCACAUUAAAGCUUUUGUUAUAACUUUCAUGGAUCCUCAGGUCUUUGUAGCUGCAGCUGUUUCAUCCACACCUACUAUGUUGGCACAAGUCUCUGAGAGAGCUCGCAUACCAGAAGCUGGCCACUUGAGAUGCAGUGGUGCUGAAAUUGGAAGGUUUGUAUUUAUGUUACGCAAUCCUUCUUCCACACUCAGAGCAUGUGCUGCGUUUGCGCUUCUUCAGUUUACAAUACCCGGUGGUCGUCAUGCAAUGCAUCACGCAAGCCUUAUGCAGGACGGAGGAGAAGCAAGAGUCCUUCGUUCUGUAGCUGCGGCUUCAAUCAUGCCUCGUGAAGCUAAGAUAUUUGCCAAAAUUAUCCUUCGGAAUCUCGAGCAUCACCAUGGGGAAUCUUCCAUAUAA